AUGAAACCCUCAACCUUUUUCACCUCAACUAUCUUCACCCUCGCUGCUGCCUCAUCCUUCCCCAGCCCCGAAACACUGGCUACCAGCGACAUCUGGAUAGGCCUAAACUCGAACAAAUGUCUCGUCAACGCUGAGGUCAUUCCCCAAGCCAAUCUCGCCGCCCAAAAAGCCGUAGCCAAAGAAGUCAUCGCCGCCUACAACGCCUGGGACAUCGAGCGAAUCCUCAGCUACCGAACCCCAGACUGCAAGCAAAACAUCCUCCCCGCCAGCUUGAACCGCACAGCCAUGACCAACGACGAAUACCGCGUGUUUUUCGGAAGAAUCCAACCUUUGUACAAGAACUUCAUUGUAAACACCCCCUCCCACCUCUUCAACACAGCCUAA